AUGCCACCCAUCUCUCCAUGCCCCUGCCCAAUCCCACAAGCCCCGGCGCCUCAGCGCGAAAUCCAACAUCUCCAGAACCCUCCGCGACCAGAGAACAAACCAGAAUCCCACCGCACAACGCGCAAGAACAAGCUCCGAACCGCACCAAACCACCCGCACAAUCCCAAACCCAUCUGCUGGUGCCACCGAAAACCAAAGAACCGAAAGAACCCAUACCGGAAUGCCGACGGACGCUCAGUCAGGAGCCAUCGGGUCAGAGCAUCACUUUCUGACCCUCCGGACAACCCAAAAGAACCCAUACCGACAGACCGGCGGACGUCCAGUCGGAACCCGGAAGACGGCGACGGAGGAAACCAGCAACGAACAACAACGUUGUGA